UGUAAGGUUAGUGCACUAUUCAAAACAUGUAGAAUAGCCUUUUAUACUUGGUUUUAACAUACUGUGUGAACUGGAAUAAAUGAUCAUCACUAUUUUUCUAUUUCAGUACUUUAAGUAUUUAUUUCCGUACCUUUAAAAAGGAGUGAACCAUCAACUUUUCCAGCAUUAAAUGGAGUAGUUGAAAGUGUGCUAGCUAACUCAAGUAGUCACUAAGAGGCAUCAUGUCAAGGUUGAAAAACAGGAAAUGCUUCUAGGAGAAGUUGGAUCAUGACAAUUCAGAUGAAGACGUUUGCAAUGGAUUGACUGGUGCUGGAGUUGAAUAGGAAAUUAUAAAACACUCGCCACCUGAAUGGAGGUUUUAGAGGAACCCACUAUUUGGCAAAAAGCCUGGGUAUAUUACCAGAAAGGUCUGGAAAAUGGAGAUAAAAGGAUAGAAAACUGGCUGCUGGUCUACUCCCCUGUCCCUGUCUGCUGUAUCAUUAUGUGCUACCUGGUCAUUGUUUGGGCCGGGCCAAAGUUCAUGGCAAAGAAGGAGCCGAUCAACCUCAAAAUUGUCUUGAUUCUUUACAAUUUCACAAUGGUCUGCCUGUCUGCCUACAUGUUUUAUGAGUUUACAGCAGCUUCCUGGUUGGCUAGUUAUAGUCUACUGUGCCAGCCAGUCGACUACAGCAACAGUCAACUGGCCAUGAGGAUGGCUAGUGUGUGCUGGCUGUUUUACAUCUCCAAAUAUGUAGAGUUCAGUGACACAAUGUUUUUCAUACUGAGGAAAAAGAACAGCCAGCUGACCUUCCUGCAUGUCUACCAUCACAGUACCAUUAUUUUGAACUGUUGGCUGGGAUUAAAAUACACGCCAGGUGGCCAGUCUUUCAUGACUGGCCUGCUCAACUCCCUGGUUCAUGUGGCAAUGUAUCUCUACUAUGGUCUCGCUGCAUUUGGACCACGAAUGACCAAAUAUCUCUGGUGGAAACACUAUCUCACAACACUACAGCUGCUUCAGUUUUUCCUGAUAACCAUUCAUACAGUUUACAACUUGUUUGCUGACUGUGACUACCCUGACGCCUUGAACUUGAUUGUGUCUAUCUACGCUCUCAGCCUCAUCGCACUCUUCACUCAUUUUUACUACCACAGCUACCUCAAGCCAAAGACCUAUGAGCAAAAAAAAUGUGUGAAAAAGGUGUGAGAAAAGAAAUUGUAUUCGUAUUUGUGCAAAGGACAGCCUUAGGGAGAGGGACUUGUGAUUAGUUAAAUUUGAAAGCCAUGUUAAGGUGUUUUUAUGAUAUGUUGGUUCAAAUUAUUGGUAACACUUUGUAAUAACUAUCCGUUUCACUAGUUAAUAGAUCAUUAGUAAAGUGUUGAUAAAUGAUUUAUUGUUGAUUUGUGUAGUAUUUCUUUAUUAUUGUGUAGUAUUUCUAUUUCAAUAUGGUUGACCCCAUUCUAAAUGCCCAUGCUAGUUGAUGGAUCUUAAUAAAACUAUAUACACUUUAUGUUGAAGGUCAUAAGUUUUAUUGGUUAAAUAUACAAAGAAAAGUACAAAUAUUUGUUGGUUCUAUGACAGAUUUUCAUAAAUGUGCAACAUGAGCGCUACCUGCAAAAUGCCUUAUCAAAAUGCCUUUUCUUUUGAAGUGAACGGCAUUUCUUAACCUGAAAAGAUAGAAAUGUCAAACGUUACACACAAAAACAUGAAACGUUUCUACACAAACUGUGUUUCAGGUUAAGAACACCCUGUAAAUGCUUAACAAACUGUUAACAAAUUCUUCACAAAUCAACAAUAAAUGAGUUAUCAGCAGUUUACUUAUGAUCUAUUAACUAGUAAAACGGAUAGUUAUUAUAAAGUGUUACCAAAAUAUUUUUUGGCAUGUCUAAAAAAAAUAAUCCAUACAAAGGACAAUACUUUUUAUAGUGCAUAUUAUUGUUGCCUCAUUCAUUGGUGAAUCACAUAACUCUAUAUCCAAAAUCAACAACUUUAUUCAGAAGCUAGAAGCCAAGCUAAUAAAUAUCUGUGCGAAGCAUCAACUGAACUUUUUUGUAUUAUAACUUUGAAAGAUACUGUUUAAACCGUGAUUAAAUUAAAAAAUAUAUAUGUAUUAACAUUUCAAAUUACUUCAGUGUUUGGAGUUUGAGGUAAUUAGUAUCCAUCCUCAACAUUUUUUUCAACGUUUACAAUAAUACAAAAUGUACUGAUGAGAACCUGGCAACUGAGGACGCUCUUGAUAACAUACCUGAACAUUCAGUACAUAAUUACCGUAUUGGCCUGAAUAUAAGA